CCAGCCCAUGGCCAGCCAGCAGCUGCUGCGAGAACGAGGACGGAAGGGGAAGGGCGUUGCCCUCUCGGAGGCGGACACGACGCUCGUCGAAGAAGAGGACGACCACACGGUGUCGGGCGCGUCGCGGCGGCAGAGCUCCUUGGAACGGAAGCUGAACUCAGACAAGGCCAGCGCGGCCAUAGUGGGCGUCUUGACUGCCCUCGCGUUCAUCACCCGCUUCUACAAAAUCAACAACCCAGACCAAGUUGUGUUCGAUGAGGUCCACUUCGGGAAGUUCGCGGCGCACUAUAUCCAACGGGAGUAUUAUUUCGACGUCCAUCCGCCGUUUGCGAAGCUGCUGUUCGGCCUGGCUGGCUGGUUCGUGGGUUUCGAUGGGCAUUUCCAGUUCGAGAACAUCGGGGACAGCUAUACGGAUGCCCAUGUGCCAUACGUUGGGAUGCGCGCGCUGCCCGCGAUUCUGGGGAGUCUCACAGUUCCCGUCGUCUAUGCCAUAAUGAAGGAAAGCGGAUAUUCGACCGUCGUGUCGGCGUUCUCGGCUAUCCUGAUCUUACUCGAUAACGCCCACGUUGCGCAGUCUCGGUUAAUCCUACUCGAUGCCACCCUUAUUUUCUUCAUGUCUCUGACGAUCUACUCCUAUAUCCGCUUCCGCAAAUACCGUUUCAUUGAAUUUUCUCAGGAAUGGUGGGGUUGGCUCAUUGCCACUGGCGUCUUCAUGGCUUGCACGUGGGCGUCAAAGGUCAACGGUAUCCUGACCGUCGUCUGCAUCGGUAUAGCCGUUCUAGCUGACCUUUGGGAUCUUCUGGACUACCGCAAGAGUAGUAUGGAACGCUUCUGGAAUCACUUUCUCGCCCGAGCCGUCGGCCUUAUUUUGGUUCCUCUGGUCGUCUACUUGACCUUCUUCUGGAUCCACUUUGCCGUCCUCACGAACUCUGGCCCUGGUGAUACCUUCAUGAGUCCUGCCUUCCAGGAGACGCUGAGAGGAAAUGAGCUCCUUCUCAACAGUCAAGAAAUUCGCUACUACGACACUGUCACAAUCAAGCAUAAGAAUACGAAAGUCUUCUUGCACUCUCACUGGGAGCGGUAUCCCUUGAAGUAUGAAGAUGGUCGGAUAAGUAGUCAAGGCCAACAGGUAACUGGAUACGGUCACCCUGACUCCAACAACAACUGGCAGAUCAUCCCCACGAAGGCGCUCCCUGAGACAGGCCGAGCCCGUGUUGUCCGCCACGAUGAUGUUAUCCAACUUCUACACGUUAACACGCAGAGCUACCUCUUGACCCACGACGUCGCGUCACCCUUGAUGCCCACCAACCAGGAAUUCACCACAUGGCCGAAGGACGACCACAGCCGCUACAACGACACCUUGUUCCAGCUGCACCUGGUCGACGCUCAUGAUGGCGAGGCAUGGAAGAGCAAGUCGGGACACUUCAGGCUUGUGCACGUCCCCACGAAGGUGUCGAUGUGGACGUAUCAGAACCAAUUGCCUGAUUGGGCGUUCAAGCAGCAAGAAGUGAAUGGUAACAAGAACGCUGCAGAGAAGACGGCGACGUGGUAUGUCGAUGAGAUUGUCGACAGCGAAGCUGAUCCGUCCCUCCCUGACCGCACUGGCGAAGUGGCUGUCAAAGAGCCCAAGAAGCUGAAUUUCUUCAAGAAAUUCGGGGAACUGCAGAUCCUCAUGCUCCAGCACAACGCCGGUCUCACUGCGUCUCACCCCUAUGCCAGCAGUCCUAUUAACUGGCCUUUCCUGCUGAGUGGGAUCAGUUUCUGGACCAACGCGGAUGAGCAGAAGCAGAUCUAUCUCAUUGGUAACCUCAUUGGUUGGUGGACUUGCGUUACUGCUAUUGCGGUGUUCAUUGGGAUUAUCGGCGCGGACCUGCUUGCCCGGAGGCGAAAUAUUGAGCCCAUCCCUGAUCCCGUUCGCAACCGUCUGUGGAACAACACGGGUUUCUUCGUGCUUGUCUGGGCAGUCCACUACUUCCCCUUCUUCCUGAUGAGCCGGCAGCUCUUCAUCCAUCACUACCUUCCUUCCCAUCUAGCCUCUGCUCUCGUGGCCGGCUCUGUCCUCCACUACAUCCUCUCUGACGACACUAUCAACUAUCCUAUAUCUGUACGAUCAGCAACGAUGAAGCCGAAACGCCCGCUAUACGCUGAUCUAGGCAUGAGGGGCCCGGUAACUGUGAUAGCGUUUGCAUUUGCGUUGUUCUGCUUGUAUGUGUAUAUGGCGCCGCUGACGUACGGUACACCUGGCUUGGAUGGCCACCAAGUCAAUGCGCGACGACUAUUGUCGACUUGGACCCUCCAUUUCGCUGCAAAACCUACGGAUGGAGCCUAGAAGGCAUCCGGGUAGACAGGGUCUGAGGACUUAUCACACUUCCAUCCUGUUCUCUUCUAGUCGCAUCGCAAAAGCACUGUAUAUAUCGUCUACUCAAUCUAGGGAUAAUCACACCAUUUUC